UUAAAGAAGAAGAAUUAUAAUCACUGACCUCACAUUUUACUGCCAGACAAAAUUUCUUUUGUGUUAAAUAGUAAUAAAUAAUAAUAUAAAAUGGGUAGAACAAAAAAAACACCAAAUAAACGUGAAAAUCUAGGUUUAGGAAACUGUAGUUUAAGUACGAUAGGCGAAUUCAUUCCACUUUUCCGAAAGAAACGAAGUAAGAAAGCAUCAUUGUCGGAAAAAGCUUUAAGAUCCUAUUCAUUAAUUCUGGCACAACCAGAACACGAAGAUUACUUAAUGGGAGAACUAAGAAUUGGAUCUACUAGUAAUAUUCUCCCAAAAAAAAUUAAUGUGUGCAAAAUUAGUUUUAAGGCUACUGAAGAUCAUUCAGCAGUAAUUUUAACAUUUUCACGUUCUUCUGUGAUUAUAAAAGCUUUAGAUGAUAUAUCUUUUCUGAAAGAUGCUGUACAAACAAGAAUGUUUUCCUUUAAAAUUGUACGUAGGGAGGAAUAUGUAUAUUUCAAGUUGUAUUUGAUUUCUGUUCCAUUACCAAAAUUUUAUCCUAAAUUACGUAAAUGUAUAAAGAGUGCAUUUUUAUUGUUUUAUAACAUAGAAAGUAAUACAGAGCCACAGCCAAAUACAGUUUGCAAAAGUCUUUCAAAUACAGAAUUAAAUGAUUUAUAUCUUAAGCUCCAGGAAAAACGACAUAAAAUGGAAUAUUUUGAAGGGGAGUUAUCUCUUCAGCAGUUAAAACCAAAAUUAAGACCUUAUCAAGAAAAAGCUGUUAGAUGGAUGAUUUAUAGAGAACACUUAGCUUCUGAUAAAAAUGAAAACAUGCAUCCAAUUUUUCAAAAAGUUACGUUAAAAUCAAACAAGGAUAUUUAUUUUGAUAAAUAUACAGGUUGGAUUGAAAAAGCAUGUCCUCUAAUACAGGGCAAUUGGAAAGGAGGGAUAUUAGCUGAUGAAAUGGGCCUUGGAAAAACUGUAGAAGUAUUAGCCCUUAUAUUGAGCAAUAAAAUGCUAAAGAAUACCCAAAUUAAAAAAGAAAAAAUAGGGGGUAGUGAUUCUGAACCAGAACUUGUUAUAAAAACUCAACCUAAAAAACGAAAAAUGAUAGACAAAGACCAUGAAGAUUAUAAAAAUGCAAUAAAAAAGAAUAAAGUAUGUACGUCUGCACGAACUGUUUCUUCUGGUAGUAGAAAAUCCGCUACUUUUCAAGCGUUACAAUCCAUAUAUGAUCGUACUCUGUCAGAGUAUUGCACCACAGGAAGUAGAGAAGAGCCAGAAGAAUGCAGAAUUCAGUGUAUCUGUGGCAGCACUAUUGACGAUGGUUCAGUAGAAUGUGAGAAAUGUGGUAAAUGGCAACAUAGUGCUUGUUUAGGCUGGAGAAGAAAUUUAGGCAAAUAUGUAUGUCCGCAAUGUUGGGAAACCCUUCCACUGCUACAAUCUAAAGCCACAUUGAUUGUAGCACCUGUAGCUCUGAGAAGCCAGUGGUGCAGAGAAAUGAGAACUCAUUUGAGAUCUAGUUUAAAAGUUUUAAAUUAUGAGGGAUAUACAGCAACUCCAGUUUAUCCAACAGAAUUGCAAAAUUAUGACAUAGUCAUAACAACCUACGCUGUGUUACAAGCAGAGAUGAAAUGGACAGAAACUGGUCAACCUGUCAAUUUGCGAAAAAAGAGAAAAUAUUGGCCUGGAGGUAGUCCUCUGGUACGAGUAUUUUGGUGGCGUUUGUGUCUUGACGAGGCCCAAACAGUUGAAACUCCUGGUCGUAUAGUGUCGUUAAUGUCCGGGAAAAUUCCCGCUCAACAUCGUUGGGCCGUUACAGGAACACCUAUGGCGAAAGGGGUCACAGAUAUAUAUGGUUUAAUAGACUAUCUGAAAAUGGAACCCUAUGCUGACUAUGAUACAUGGAAACAUAUUCUGUAUGAUCCCUAUUUAAAGGGCGAUAAAGAGCCAAUGUACAAUUUUUUAGGAAAAGUUUUGUGGCGAACAACGAAAGAGUCUGUGCUGGAUCAGAUUAAUAUACCUCAGCAAACUCAUCAACUUCACGUUCUAGAACUUUCUGCUGUAGAGAAAUUCUAUUAUAAUCGCGAACAUGAAUACAGCGCACGCGAUUUUCUCAAAAUGUCAGAAAAAUUUGAUCCGGAAUCUCUUCUUGAGAACUUGGACAAAAAAGAUCUGAAAAACUUAAUGGCACCGCUUCUUUCUUUGCGGCAAGCUUGUUCAGACCCGGGUGCAGUUAGAGGAAAAGGACGAUAUUUGUCGCUUAAAAAGAAAACCUCGUCAAUGAAAGAUCUUCUUGAAGCAUUAAUUUUGAAGAACAGAAACGACUGUGAAGAGAGUUUGAGACUAACGGUGUCAUCAAUUAAUGGUCUAGCGGGAAUAUACUUGUUGAUGGAGAAGCCUGAACAAGCUAUAGGAGAAUAUCGUAAAGUAUUGCAAUUAGCUGCAAGAUUUUCCCUUGAUGAAAAAGAGGGAAAUCUGACAAUAGAUAAGCUACCCAUGAUUCAUGCUAUGUACAACUUGGCGGAAGUUUUGGUAAUACAUCCAUCCUCAGAGCACACGCUAAGAGAUGGUACUUUAAAAGAUGAUCGCAUUGCAUUAGAAAAGCAGUAUAUUGAGAAAUUCAUGGAAGAGACUGCAAGUGCUAAAAAAUCUUAUGAAUGUUUAACCACAGCAGUAGAGAAAUAUGAAGGUCAAUUUUUAUUAAAACAUGGUCAGUGGUAUUCGGAUGGCUUUGAUUGGGUCUCGCUAAAUAAUUUUGAUAAUGAUUUACUGGCUAGGAUAGAAACUGCGACAGAUAACGCACAUAUUAAUAUCGAUUUUAGGUCAGAGACGACCCGUACGUUACUUCGUAAGACGUACAAUUGGCAUCUAGAUCUAGAUGAAUUAAGAGAGGCUCUUUUUAAGGCUUUGAACGAAAUCUAUGAAGAAGAUGUGGAAACCAAAAAUAUUAGUAUUAAAAGUGAAUUAGUUAAUAGAGCCAGAGACUGCCAUUUGAGACCUCAACAACAAAAAAAUAAGAAAGGAAAUUCUAAAUGUUUAAUAUGCUUAUCUAACGUAAAGCUAAAAGAUUAUGAAACUGCAUUGUUCACAAUUAAAAAAAGGUCUGAAACUUUUGAAGAAAUGUCCUUGGUAGGCAGUUGGAAACCUAGAUUUGAGGAAAUACUGCUUAAAGCUCUUCUAGGAUUUCUUAAAUCGAAAAACUCAAUACCCAACUUAAUAAAAGAUGGUGAAAACCACGUGCUGCUUAUGGAUACGCUGAAAAAAGAGUUUAAAGAAAUUCGAAAAUUCUGGACCAUGUUAGAUAGCCAAGUUUGUGCUAGGGACGAGCUACAUAUCUGUAAAGUAAGAUUACAGUUAAAAUCAACCGGUGAACAAUCAAAGGACAAAACAAGCAAAUUAUUAAAAAAGUUGGACUACCGAACAGAACAAAUUCACGAAAACAUAAAUCUUAUUAGGCCAGCAGAAUUACCUCAUCAAGAGCUUUCCUUGAAGUCCGACGUAAUUAGGUAUAGUGCCCGGCUUGAAGCUUUAUUGGGAACAAGGAAUUACUUACAGACAUUACGUCAGCAACAAUUUCAAGGAGAAAAUCCUGACCCUUGUCCCGUAUGUAGAUGCGCUUUGACGAGUACUUGGGCUAUUUUAGCUUGCGGUCAUACGUUUUGUUUGGAGUGUUUUCAGAAAUUUUUAGGCAGGGCAAGGGAAAUAAUACGAUGCUGCAUUUGUCGAUCUAAGCAAAACAUUCAAGAAGUAGCGUACAUCAGAGGCGCAACUGGACCACAAGAUAACGUUGGAGACGUUAUCGGCGACUACUCUAGAAAAGUGGAAGAUGUCGUUAGACUUUUGUUAUCGCUGAGAAGCACAAAUCCUCAUGUUAAAGUGAUACUAUUUUCCACAUGGUCGAUUGUACUGAAUUUAUUAAAGAAAGCUUUGGAACGGAAUGACAUUGAAGCGGAAUUGAUAGAUUCAAGCAGUAGUUUCGAAAAUCGAAUAGAGAGUUUUAAGGACCCGCUUAAAAAAAUUACAGUAUUACUAUUGCCGUUUAGGUUAGGCGCUAAAGGAUUGAAUUUAACUGAAGCUACUCAUGUAAUUUUAUUAGAGCCAGUAUUGAAUCCAGCUGAUGAAUUACAGGCUAUAGGACGAAUCCACCGCAUUGGUCAAACAAAGCCAACAGUUGUUCACAAGUUUUUAGUUCGCAACACCGUAGAAGAGUCUUUACACGAAGCCACAAGUUCAAACGCUUCUGGAUGGGAAAUAAGUAAUGUAACUGUAGGACAACUUAAAGGUUUAUUUAAAAAUUCUCCAUUGGAAGAAGAAGAUGUGGAUACGCAAAAAGCCAUAAUCCAAUCAAAUUCAAAUAGUUUGAGAAUUGAAUCGGCAGACAGUAACGUAGUAAGAAAUAUUUCUCAAUCAAGUCAUAUGACUCCAACACCAAGCUCAUCAGGCGGGGUUAAUGAUACCGAUACAACUGCUCACGAGAACAACGCUUUUGAAAAUGUUUGCGAAGAAAAUAAAGUUUGUGAUCUAAAAAGUCCUAAGUCCUAAGUAUGUCCUAAGUGCGGUAUAAAUGUAGAUGAGUAAUAUUUGAACAAUUUUUCAAAUCAGUUGGUUAUUAUAAACACCGUUAGCUCUACAGUAAUGUCCAGGGUGUCUCAUUUCCGUAUGUUUUACGGAGUUUCUCGUUUGUGAGUAGGGAUACAAAGAUGCGGCUUAAAAAGUGCUACUUUUUGUGAAACUAAAGAUGCUACACACAUAUUUGUCCUAGCCAGCUUAGUUCCGGAAAUACAGAUCAGAGAAUUUGAAAAUUUUGCAUUUCAAAAUUGUAUUAUUUUUUUUUAAGCUUUUUAGAAGCUUAUCGUCAAAUAUAAUUUGUGAUUUUAACAUAAAAUUCCAUAUUUUCGCCAACUAGAUUAUUAGAGCAUAAUAGAUUUUAUGCGCCUCCAUAACUUGAUGUGACAAAAAACAUUUUUUGGAUGUCAGCUUUGGAAAAAUAUUUUUUUUCUUUAAAAUGUAUGCACGGUAGCGUUUUUUACAAGAGGCAAAAAAUGUAGUAAAUACUAGAGGGACCAUUUUAUUUUACGAAAAGAAUUCGGCUAUGGGUGGAGCCGUAGGAGUGGUGGUAGUUUUCACACUUCCCACACGUUUUCUUCAAUUUUGUGAAAGUCAAAUGUUAGAGCACUUAGCAAAACAUUGACACCCGAAAUCUCAUUCAAACUGGAAUAACGGUUCUUAAAUAUCUGAAAAAAUGUGUUUAUUUUUUGUGUAAUGCCCCCUAGUGGAGAAAUGAAGCACUUUAGUAUUGAGGUAAAUUGUAUCCAAUGAACUUAUUUUGAUUCCAAAAAUACGUAGUAGCUCUACGUCCACGAAAUAUCGGAACACCCUGUAUACAGGGUGUCCCAGAAAUAAGUGCAAGUAUUUUAACUGGUAGUAUAGUUCAACCCCAGAAACACGCCCAUGAGUUUUUUUCGCGAAAAAAAAAUUUUGAAAAUUGGAAAUUUUUUUAGUUUUUAGUUAAAAACAUAAUUUCUUGAAAAUAUGGCUACAUAGGUAGUACAUUAGUUACAAGAAAGAAAAUCCAGAAAAGAUCCGGUGGUUUUCAAAAUUUUGGCAAAAAAAUAUUUUUU